AUGGCGUCCAGAACACAAUUUGAAAAUUCCAACGAAGUGGGUGUCUUUUCCAAAUUAACCAAUUCAUACUGUUUGGUCGCUGUUGGUGGCUCGGAAAACUUUUAUUCGUCGUUUGAAGCCGAGUUGGGCGAUGUCAUACCGAUAGUUCACACGACUAUAGCAGGAACUCGGAUAGUUGGCCGGAUGACCGCGGGCAACAGGAGGGGUUUACUCGUUCCAACGCAAACCACCGACCAAGAAUUGAUGCACUUGAGAAACUCGCUUCCCGACUCGGUAAAGAUCCAACGCGUCGAGGAAAGAUUGUCGGCAUUGGGAAACGUGAUAUGCUGCAAUGACUAUGUUGCCUUGGUCCAUCCAGAUAUAGAACGAGAAACCGAAGAAUUGAUCGCCGAUGUCUUGGGAGUCGAAGUGUUUCGUCAAACCAUUGCAGGAAACGUGCUUGUGGGCUCCUAUUGCGCAUUGAGCAACCAAGGUGGAUUGGUCCAUCCUCAGACUUCGAUACAAGACCAAGAAGAAUUGAGUAGUUUGCUACAGGUUCCUUUAGUUGCUGGUACUGUGAAUAGAGGUAGCAACGUUGUUGGAGCAGGAAUGGUUGUCAAUGACUGGUUAGCUGUAGCUGGAAGUGACACCACUGCUCCUGAGUUAUCUGUCAUCGAGUCCAUUUUCAGAUUACAAGAUGCCCAACCGGAUGCCAUUGGUGGUAAUUUGAGAGAUACUUUGAUUGAGACUUAUUCUUAG